AUGGCUCUGAAUAAGGAUCCGGAAGUCAAUGAGGCUCCGGAAAUCAUCGAGGAUGACAGCCCUAAGGAACAUAUGAAUUAUGAGCUCGUGGACAAAGAAGUGGCGCAAUACGCGAAUGAGACUAUUGUUGAAGUCGAUGAAGUGACCAACAAGCGCCUGAAGAGCAUGAUCGAUAAGCGUGUUCUGGCUGUCAUGGUCGUCACAUACUUCAUCCAGGCGCUCGACAAGGGCACAAUGUCUUUUGCUUCUAUCAUGGGGAUUAUUGACGAUGCUCACCUGGUCGGCCAGCAGUAUUCUUGGUUGACUACCGUCAUCUACCUCGUCAUCCUGACCGUCGAAUACCCGGAGAAUUAUAUUAUUCAGCGAGUGCCUAUUGCGAAGUGGCUCGGUGCCAACAUUUGCCUAUGGGGCGUCACUCUUACAUUGCAUGCCGCAAUGAAGAACUUCGCUGGGCUUAUCACUCUAAGGGCUUUCCUUGGUGCCUUUGAAGCUUGCUGCCAGCCUACAUUUGUUCUGCUAUCGGGGAUGUGGUACAAGCGAGAAGAACAGUCUGGAAGAGUCAUAUUCUGGUAUAUGAUGAACGGAGCUCAACAGAUCUGUGGCAGCCUUCUUGCCUUUGCUUUCUCACACAUUUCCCACUCGGGGCCCGUUGUGUCUUGGCAGGCGCUGUUCAUGACUUACGGUAUUGUCACUGUCUUCUGGGGAUUAUUCGUAAUUUGGUGGAUGCCAGACAGCCCAAUGAAAGCCCACUGCUGGAGUGAAGAGGAUAAGAAACUCAUGGUAGAACGUGUCCGACAGAAUCGGACAGGUUUACAAAAUCGCAAAUUCCGCAAAGACCAGGUAUGGGAUGCGGUGACUGACCCCCAAGUUUACUGUUUCGCGUUGAUCCAGCUAUUCACAACUCUUCCAUCGGGCGGCCUCGGAGCAUUCGCCAACAUUAUAAUCAAAAGUUUCGGAUUUACAACCUGGCAAACUCAGCUUCUCCAGAUGGUGUCCGGCGUUGUACAGAUCAUUGCCAUGUUAACGGGUGUCUAUGUUGACAGGAGAUUCCAUCAAACAAUUUUGGCAAUGAUAGCAGCCGUCAUUCCUACCAUCGGAGGUACCGUCGUUCUGCUUGUAGUACCAUUCGAGGCUCACAAACGCGUUGGACUACUAUUGGCAUACUACAUAAUGAUCUCGUUCUGGGCGUGUGCUGGUCUCGCUCUUUCACUCGUCACACGCAAUGUCGGAGGGCAGACUAAAAAGAGUGUUGUGAUUGCCAGCAACUUCAUUUUCUGGGCAACUGGCAAUGCGAUCGGGCCCCAGGUCUUUCGUUCUCAAGACGCGCCCCGUUACUUCCUUGCUAUCGCGGUUAUCUUGGCAUGCUUCUGUCUUCUUGUAAUCACGCUGCUUGCCAUGCGCACGUACUACAUCUGGCAGAACAAGAGGCGGGAUGACAAGAUCGCUAGGGGAGAGGCAGUUGCAGACACUGCUUUCACUCAUUCCUUCGAGGACAUCACCGACCGUGUAAGCUCGUCUCUCCGUCUCAAAUGGCCAAACUAA